ACUUACCAUGUUAUCUUUUGUGUUUUCCAAUCGGCAGACAUGGAUCAGUAACAGACGGAGGAAGUACCGUCUGAUGGGUAUAGAGAUCCCUCCACCUAAAGGGGGACCUGCUGUAUUCUCCACCGGGAACGAGUCUCCCGUGAGCCCCGACGAGGUGGGCCUCAGAACGCCUGAACUCGGAGAUGACUUGAAUGACGAGGGAUCAGUGUGCCUGUCUGAAGAUGGAACCAUCGACUCUCAUCACAGAGAAGGAGAUGAUGGUAUAGAUCUGUCUGCUGCUGCUCCACUGGCCAAUAAUGUGAAGAUCGAGGUAAUGGAUGAGGACGAAUAUGACGAUGAAGAUGGCGGUGAUUUAGUGGCUUCAGACCUGGAGCAAAUGCAGGGCCUGUUGGAAUUCAAGGUGAAGACACACACAAGAAUAUGA